CUGAGCCCUGUUGCUAUAGCAACUUCCUAGGCACUAUCUGCCCCUUAAGUUAGGGAGGGGCUGUGAUAAGGGUUUAGGGGAGCAGGUGGAGAGAAGGAGUCUGUGGACCCUUGGGUAUCCCUCGAAACCCCUCCUUUCCUAACAUCCUGGGUUGGGGCCUGAGAAGGAAGAGCAGAGGGUCCAUUUCAGACCAGAGUAGAUGGUAUACCCAGAGUGGGGCUCCAGCUCAGACAGAGACAUGGAAUAGUCCCACCCAGUUUGGGGAUCAACCCAAAAUGAAGAUUGGUCCACCUUAGACCUGGGUAGAGUAGAGCUUGUUACCCUGAACCCUGCCUGGAGACAGAGGGGACCUAGGGUUGGGGGUCACCCUCAAACUGGGACUGUGAUGCAGUGCACUCGCCUGCUGCCAUGACCCCAUAUCUGAAUCCAAGGUGAUUUCCAUGUCUUGCUGUGGCACUGACUUUCGUAGAGGUGUCUGGAGUUUUCUCAGCACAUCAGAUCCAGAGAGUGGAGGCCAAUGGCACCUUUCCCGUACAAAUGAGAGAAGUGAGCAGGGCUGCAGUUCCACAGGCUAGCAGCUGCUGGUCUACUCUCCUUGUCUACUUCCUGUUGCCAGCAAGGGUCCAUGGGUGCCAGGCAGCCCUGGGAAAGCUGCUGUAGAGCUUUUGGCUUUUGGAAGCCUGGAAAGAAGGAAGAGGAUGAGUAAAGCUACCUUCCCCUCCCCCACCCAAGUUUAGCCAUUCAUUUCCGGUUUGGACUUUCAUGGUUGAGAACAGAGCCAGGCGCAGGGUAACGUUUGACAGAGGCCAAGGACAUCCCGGGACACCAUUCCCCUCUCUACCCCUACAGAGGAACAAGACAGAGAACCAGAUGUGCUCAUUUCUCUCAAGGUAGCAGGAUUUGGGGGCUCUGCGUUAAAAGGGAACUCAGAAGAGAAGAUAAAGCGGCUCUGCCACUGUUCCCCACCCUGGCCUUCCUUUCUGCCUGUUCUUUCAGCUAAUAACAAGCUCUGGGGCUUUAACCUCUGGAGAGCUGGCACCUGUUGCCUGAGCCUGGAUCUUAACUCCUUCACCUCUGCCCAUGGGCAGUCUUCUGGGCACAUGGACAUUGUGCAGACUGCACCACUGGGAAAGACAUUCUGGGAGCCAUGGGCAUCUUUGGAAGGAUAGGCCAGGCAGAGGGAUACCCUGUAGAGAAUCUUCCCACCUCUUGAUGCCAAGGAGAGCCUCUGCAGACGUUGGCCAGGCUGGAGCAGGUGCCUUUAAAUGCUUCCGUGGCAACCAGCUCCUUCCCCAACCCCCAGGACUUACCAAGAGGCACUGGUUACUCCAUCAAAGUGAAGAUUGCAGAGAGAACCUAGGGCCUCCUGGGAUGGAUCUAGGGUCUGGAAGUAGUGAAUGUGAGGUGCAUCUGGGGUCUGGAAGUAGUGAGGGUGAGGGUGAUACCACCUUCCAGCUGUGGCUGCAGCUGUUCCUCUGGGCCCAUCUGGCUGUCCGUUUCCUGGGUUACCUGCGCUACACUUUCUGGGGACUAAAGCCUCAGUCAGCACCCUGAAUCCUGGCUGGGAACUGAUGGGCCCUAGAUUGCCCCAUGUUACCUAACCCCCAUACCACACUCUGCUGGGAGAGACAGGCAGCAGGUGAGUGCGGGGUUCCUGUUUCAGGUGCUUAUUCUUGUUGUCCACCACUGCCUUUACUUGUUUUGUUUUGUUUUUUGAGAGGGCUGUCUAGUACCUGAGAUCCUUUUAUCUUAGCCUCCUAAUUGUGGGUUACACCCCAGUGUGUUCUCUCAUGUUGUCAUGCUAGGGUUAGAACCUAGGCCUUGUGCACACUGACAAGUGCUCUACUAUUGAGCAACAGCUCCAGUCCCUAAGUCUUUCAAUACAAGUCCUUGCUGUAUAUCCUAGGCUGGCCUUGAGCUCAAAAUCCUUCCUCAGGUCUUGAUAUUAUAAGUCUGUGCCAUUACUCCAAGCCUGGUCCUCCUGGCACUGUCCCCUCUGUGCCUUGACCCCAAAUGUCUAGGUAUAGUGGCUCAUAUCCGUCUCAAUACUAGGGAACCUGAGUCAGAAGGACUGCUCUGAGUUCAAGGAAAUCCUGUGCUACAUAGUGGGUUCCAUGUCAUAGUGGGCUACAAUGUAAGAUCCUGUCUCAGAAAAUCAAUAGAGGGGCUAAGUUCAGUGGUGCACACCUUUAAGGCAAAAGCAGGCUAAUCUGUUCUAUGUAGUGAGUUCCAGGGUGGCCAGGGGUAUGUAGACUGAGACCCUACCUCAGAAUAAAGAAAUAAAUAAAAUAAAGAGAUUAUUAGUCAUAGCUCUCUAAAGGAACAGAACAGAUGGAAAUAAAUAAAUAUCUGGGAUUUAUUAGACUGGUGUACAGUCUGUAGUUUGGGUAGUUGUUCAGUCCCAAGACUGGAUGUGUCAACUGUCUCAGUCUAGUUUUGGAAGAUCCCUGAACAGCCGAUGGUCUUCAGUCUAUACUGGAAUACUGAAGAAGUGGGUUCUAAUACCAGCAAAGGACAAAUGAACUUGCCAGUGCGAGUCAGGGCAAGCAGGCAAAAGGCAAAGCUUCCUUCUUCCGUGUCCUUUUCUAGGUGGGCUGCCAUCAGACAGUGUGGCCCAGAUUUCGGUGGGUCUUCCCACCUCAAAUAAUCUGGUUAAGAAAAACUCCUCAUAGGUGUGCCUAGCUGCUGGGGUCUUAGUUGAUUCCCGAUGUAAGUUGCCAACUAAGAUUAACCCUCACAGAGAAUAGCUGAUAUUUCUGUACCAUAAACCUGGCGCCAGGCCACUGUCCAGUUCCCCUUGCCAGAGUGGAAUUACUCCCUAGCACUACAAAGUCAUCAUUGCUUCAUCCCCAUUUGCUCAUGUGAAAAACUGAGACCCAGCGAGACAGGAUCAGUUGUCCGAAGACACACAGCCCAUCAGGCUCCAGACAGAGUAUCUGAGUUACCACCUUGAAGUCCUGGCCCUCAGCUGCCUCUCAGUAGCCGUACACAACAAUGAGCUGUCCUCAGACCGCAUUCAUUUUCCUGAGCUAUUAAGUGGUUAAAACAGAUGUAUGGAAGGUUGUCAAGCAGACCAAAUAAGAGUAUAGAUGAAAUGGGUGCCCUAGCCAGUCUCCAGGGACAGCUUCUACAUUCAGAAAUGAGAUGCUGGCCUCAGGGUGCUGUAGGCGCCAGGGUGGAGUGUGCCUGAAGGGAGGUACCCAGUGAAGUAGUUCAGGGGUGAGAGUUCUCCCCUCAGCAAAGGCAGGCACAGAGCCAGCGGGGACCAAGGUGACAGCUGAGCCCCCCAAGGGCACCUGCUACAGUAGCCCUACAGGCCUCCACCAAGGCCUGGCCUCAACAGAGGAGCAGCCAGAUCAGAGGCUAUUAAUACCUCAGCUGGCAGAACUCAGGCCAAGGAAUGUCUGUUAGUGUGGGGAGAGUGGGGUGGGCUGGCCUGUGUGCCUGAAUCUCCAUGAACCCUAUUCAGAUAGUACCGGAAUCUGAGACCCAGCUCUGUAAUUAGUAGGAUACUCGGGCACUGGUCCAAUCAAGAUUCCCCAAGUUGCAUCUAGGAUCCCCCCUCCAAAGACACUAGUAAAAUAUCGGGUUGUGGCUUGAAACAUCUGUACCUCAUUUUCCACCAGCGUGGAAAACUUGAUGUGCCUUGAAGCAAGGACUCUUCACCUAACCUUACUCUCUCUC